UUACAAUCAUUGUCAUUCUUUUCAAAUAGACUUUUGUUUUAAAAAUGUCGAUACAGAAUACGACAACAACAGCCACCACCAUAACGAACAGUGAAAAUGACCAAUCAAUGUCUUCAUCAUCAUCAUCUUCAUCAUCAUCAAUGUCGAAUAAUAAAACAAAUUUAAUUAUUAAUUAUCUUCCGCAAACUAUGACAGAUGAAAAUUUUCGUGUCAUGUUUGCUAAAUAUGGUGAUAUAAGAUCAGCACGAAUUAUACGGAAUAAAAAUUCCGGCUAUUCAUAUGGAUUUGGUUUCGUCGAAUAUUUUCGUCAAGAAGAUGCAGAAAUGGCCAUUAAAAAUCUAAAUGGCAUUGUUAUUAAUAAUAAAAAGAUUAAAGUAUCAUAUGCACGGCCCUCAAGUGAUGAUAUAAAAAAUGCCAACAUUUAUGUCACCAAUUUGCCUUCGACAUUUACCGAAAAUGAUGUUAGAGAACUGUUUGCCGAAUGUGGCGAUAUUAUACAAUGUCGAUUGAUUGGCAAUCGAAGUGGUACGGCUUUUAUUUUGUUCAAUCUCCAUGAACAGGCCCGGCAAGCUAUCGAUCAAUUUGAUUGUAAAUUGGUGCCCGGUACUAAUUGUCGAAUGAAAGUUAAAUUUGCCACCAAUGAGCCAAACAAAAAGAUGACGAUCAAAGAUGAACCAAACAGUUUUAAUAAUAAUAACAAUAAUAUAAACCUCACACCACCGACAGCAAAACAUCAAAAACGUUAUCAUAAUCAAUCUAACAAUAAUAAUAAUUUUAACAAUUCAGCCAAUCAGCGAUUAUCAUCCGGCCCUAUACGCAAUACAUCGCAUCAUAAUCGUUAUAAUCCAUUAGCACAAUUCCAUGUACAACAGGCACCAAUGCUAGAUGAUCCAUCAAUGUUAUAUUCCGAUCGUAAUCACCACCAUCAUCAUCAUUCAUCACAUCAUCAUAAUCCAUAUGGUACGAUGAAAAUGGUUGGAGAUUCACAAUUUUUCACCACAAACAAUGCCGAUCUUUUUGCUUCAGCCGGUAACGGUGGCAGUUAUAAUGGAAAUCAGCUUGAUCCCACAAGCAGCAGUAGUGGUGGAUCGAAUGAAUAUAUUCUUUUUGUUUAUAAUAUCGGACCUGAAACAGAUGAAUAUAAUUUGGGCAAAUUAUUCUCUUAUUAUGGCCAAGUUUUAAGAGUUAAUGUUAUACGUAAAGGUGGACCACAAAAUACUGGAGAGGGUAAAGGUUAUGUAUGUGUUGGUGUCAUGAACAAAUUAAUAUCCAGGUUAUCAUCUGAUGAAAAAUCUGAUACACAAAAAAUUGAACAACGUUUUCGGGAAUUUUGUUUAGAAACGAAAAAAGCUGAAAACCGUUUUUGUUAUUACAUUGGUGGCUUAGAAGAAUCGGCAACCAAAAUACUUGGUGAAAUGUCCAAACCAUUGAGUUGGGGUAUGCCAGCGGAAAAAAUUUGUGAAAAAUUACAGAAAAAAGAUUCACAAAUCUGUGAUCUCCGUUAUGAGAAGAUAAUCGAUUUGAAAACGGUCGAUCUGAAAAAAUUGAAAGUAAAAGAUUUGAAAAAAAUUCUAUCUGAUUGGGAUGAAACCUGUGAUGGAUGUAUAGAAAAAACCGAAUUCAUUUCCCGUAUUGAACAGCUCAAGUCUAAAUAUUUACAUGAAGAUUUAUAGAAUGUAUUUUGUAAAAUUGAUUUAGUAGAUUUAUUUUAAAAAUAAAUUUAAUUUAUCCAAUCAAUUCCCAUUUGAUUAACAUGCAUACACAAUGAAAAAAAAAUCAUCUUUUUUACACCAAAUUCGUCAAAAAUACACACACACACACACACACACGCACUUACAUCGAGAUGAUAAUGUAAAUAAUUUUUACAUUUUUCCAAUUAUAAUUUGUAUUGAUAAUUGUUUGUAUACAAUAAACAAAAGGAAGUGAUGAAAAAAUUGAAAA